UGUUUGUGAUUCCCUGUUCUAGGAUGCCUCUUAGUCGAGUGGAAGAUGCUUGCGCUGCUAUGGCUUUUACCCGAUCGAAGCUUCGUAGGGAUGAAGUCUUAGAUAUCUAUUUUAAGUAUAGUUUUCCUUUUGAUUAUAGGGUAAUAUUACCCGGUGCCGAUAUGGCUGCGUCUGACUCUCCCGGAUCUUCUUGUAGGGCGGUUCUUUUUGAAGAGCAAUUUGCUGCUGGUCUUAGGUUUCCUUUGGAUCCCUUUUUAGUAGAAGUGUGUAGGGAUUUAAAGGUUGCUCUAGGGCAACUUUACCCUGGUACGAUUAGAGUAGUGCUCGCCUUUUCGGAGGCAUGUAGGCUCCGGGGCUGUGCCCCUUCUCUCAAAGUGUUAUAUCAUUUUGUAGACUUUAGGAAGUGUGAUGGCUGCUUCGUUUUCGCCCUUGGUAGAGAAGGGCGAUCUCGUAUUUAUCUUCCUUGCCUAACCAGUCGCUGGCGAAGGCGCUUCUUUAUUGUCUAUCAUAAAUUUGCUUUUCUUCAUUUUUCGGAUGGUUUUUCUUCUCAUCCAGUUCGGAGCUAUUCUUCUCCUUUAAGUUUAUCCGAGUCAAAGCUUGCUUUUGACAUAUCUUCCUGUAGUAUUGUGUCGCGUCCCAUUUUAGAUGUCUUGGUUAAUAGUCAUCUUCGGAGUCGAUGGUUUCCUUUGGAGGAUCCUCCUCGAGGCUUGGCGGAUCUUUGCUACUCUUUUGUUCAAGAUUUGGACGUUCCGAUGGGUGGUCCUGACGUUCCUAUCGCCGACGUUAUUCCUGGCGACAUUGUCGUGGAUGGGGCUCCUGUUGAUAUCCCCCUAGCUCCCGCCGAGGUAGCGUUGCCUGAGGUUAUUGUUAUAAAUGAUGAUGAUGGUGAUGACUCGGCUGUUCCAGUCGACGACGAGGCGAUUCCGUCACUACUCCCCCCUCUAGCAUCAUCUAUCGUUUCGGGGGGAGUUGGGGGUGUGGCCUCAGGGGGGCCUGUUGUUGCUGAUUCGGGGGAGAUUUCUCUAGGUCGAGACCCGGAUUCUCCGUCUAGGAAAAGACGUCGAGUUGUCGAUGAUUCUCCUACGAGGGAGAGUUUUCCUGGAAGCUCUUCUUCUGCUCCAGACUUGGUUCAAUGGGUCGAAGGUCAGGAUCCUGCCAGUUUGCUGAAUCCGAGAGUGCUAGCGGAAUAUAUCCGGACUUUGGCGAUUCCUGAUGAUGUCACGUGGUUCUGUGGUAGGCCGGGUCAGGAGCUUUCCGAUCUGGCUUGUUUUCAUGGUUUCUCUGCCCUUCAAUCUGUUCUGGUAUUGAACGACCGCCGACAGUGUGCCGAGGAGGAGGUCGAGCGUCUGUCUGCUCUUUUGGCGACUUCCGAGUCUGAAAGGGCGAAAUUGAAGGCCUCUUUGGAAGAGCAUGAUUCCCUUCUGGCGCAGCUCAAGGCGCAGGAUGCGAUUAAUGAUCGCCAAGUGAAAGUGAUUGAGAAAAAGAUCGAUGACUUGACUCAAGAGAUCGAGGAGCUCAUUCGGAUCAAUUCCCUUGUUGGUGGGGAGAGGGAUAGUCUUAGAACGGAGGUUGAAGGUCUUCACAUCCGUCUGCUAGAUACGAAGGCUUUUUACUCUGCUCUGAUAAGCGAGUAUCGCCUUGCGAUUGGGAAGAAGCUUCUGGAGCAGAAUCCCAAUAUUGAUCUUUCUGGGGUUAACGGGUUGGAUCCCCAGGCCAUCGCCCGUGAUCUCCUCGUCAAGAUUUCUAAAGACCGUGUUUAGUAGUUUUCUUUUGAUUGUAUUUGCUGAUGUAUUAAUUUUGCUUUUUGUAAUUCGCAAUUUAUGAAUAUAUUUUCUUCGUUUUUCUUCGAAA